GAGUCGGCCGAAACGUCCGAAACGGUCGUCAGCGUCCAGAGGAGGUGGACAUCCUGUCUGGCCUCCUGCAGGCAGAGAUCAUCCUGUCACGGCCCCACAAGCCCCCGGUCCUGGUGAUAGAGCUGCUGAUCAAUCCAGCUGUACAGCCUUGUCGCUAGGCACUCGUCAAAUAGCAACGACCCCAGUUGGCCAGCUCUGUACAGACAGCCGGCGGUAAGCUUGGCCAGAUACGAUGUACACACCCGAUCCAGGCGAUGGUGUCCAGCGGCCCCGAGGAGGACGUGCGUGCGAUACAUGUCGGAAGAAGAAGAUCCGCUGCGAUGGAGGCUCGCUGGACGAUCCUUGCUCGAACUGUCGAACGGCUCGACGUGAUUGCACGUUUGACGAGAACGCAAAGAAGCGGAAUCCACCCAAAGGCUACGUCGAACAGCUCGAGAGACGUCUCGAGACCAUGGAGACCUUCCUCGCCUCGCUCAAUCUCACCCUACCUCCCGGCACAGAGGGCGUCAUGACCGCCGAUCAAUCAGACAGCUCUUUCCAACCGCCAGAUGCGAGCGCCUCUCCGACCGACAGCUCGACCGUCUACGAUGACCGUCCAGAGGGCAUCAUCCUCGCCCCCUUCUCAGCGCCAGAAUACGUCCAAGGAACGGAAGCGCCUACACAAUUUUCAGUCGCGUCGACCGGCCGAAGCUUCAUCACCUUUGGACCCGAUGAAGCUUCGAAUACGCUCAUAGGCCAAGAACUCGAUGCAUCACUGGCGAACGAUAUCGAUCAGAUGAGUCUCGAGGCCGGUCGCUACAUAGGUCGCAGUUCGGGCCUGACUUUGGCCCAUACCAUCACGUCAUAUACUCGCACCAAUGGCGUUUCUGGCUCCGGCACGAACGGCUUAGCGAGCUCGUCGAAUACCUCAUCACCCGUUGGACCGGCACCCUAUCAGGCUGAUCGCGCUUGGGGUAGCAUCAGAGACAAGGACGACAUCUGCUAUGUUCGCCAUGAGCGUCAAUCUGUUUCCCCUGUCGCAGGUACCUCGAAAUCUGUCGUCAAAGCCGAGAACCAGUGCUUCCAUGAGCGUCGAAUGGAGGCAGAAUCGCGCACGGGCAUCAAGCUCAACCCCUUGCCCGAUGACGAUCUCGUCGAAACACUGAUCGCUCUCUUCUUUGACAAGAUUGCUCCCACUUACCCCGUCGUGCACAAGCCGUCCUUCAUGUCGGACUACAACAAGAAGAAGCACGACGCCCAUCCUGCAUUCAGAGGCCUGCUCUUCUCCGUCCUAGCUAUCGCUUCUCGCUUCUCUGACGAUCCCCGUGUGCUCGACGAGACCGGAUCCGGCCUCAAAUCGAAGCUAGAAGGUCCGCCCUCUGGCGAGGCGCGAGGCUACAUGUACUGGUUUGCGGCCUGGCGGCUCCAGACACCCGUCUCCUCUGCUGCAUCACUUUACGAUCUCCAGAGUCUCUGCCUCUCUUGUCUCUACCUCAUGGGAGCCAGCACGCCCAUCUCGGCUUGGCUCGCGCUCGGUAUGGCCAUAAGACGCGCUCAGGAUCUCGGCUGUCACCGUCAGCGAAAUCAGAUAUGGCGAACGAGCUUGUUGCGCGAUCAACUCAGAAAGAGAGUUUGGUGGACGCUCUACUCGCUCGAUCGAAAGCUAUCGGCCGGUCUCGGCAGACCGCUAGCGAUCCAAGAUGAGGAUGUCGAUCUUGACUUGCCACUCGAGGUAGACGACGAAACGCUAGCUGACCUGAACACGGCGCGCACGGCAGAGGAAGUACCUGCCAUGCCUUCGACCAAGCCAAACUUGAUCAUGGGCUUCAACUGUCACGUCAGACUCGCAAAGAUCCUCGGCAAGGCCCUGCGGACGAUAUACGCAAUCAAGCGUGACGAUGUCAGACGCGACAAGCUGCCUCUUUGGGAGCAACGCACUGCAGCCGAGCUCGAUUCGGCGCUCAAUCAAUGGCUCGAGCAGCUACCUGCCCAUCUCAAAUGGAACGCAGAGGAUCCCCACCCUCAGUAUGGCGUGCAAUCAGCAGAAUGUCUCAUGUCGUACUACGAAGUCCAAAUUCUCGUCCACAGAGACUUUCUCACACCGGAACAGCAGAGCAUGCUUGGAUUUCCCUCGCUUGCAAUCUGCACCAAUGCCGCACGUUCGCUCUCGCAUCUGCUCGCAGGCGUCAAGCGUGCUGGUCUGCUUGACAUGCUUUGGCUUAAUGCACCCCUCGCGAGCAUCUCUGCCGCUCUCAUCUUGCUCGUCAAUCACCUCGGUCAUGCCAACGUGCGCACCCUUUCGUCCUCAUCCGUUCAGGACGUGCAGAAAUGUCUCGACGUGCUCUCCGACCUUAGCGAAAGGAGCGCCAUAGCGCAGCGUUGCUAUCUCGGACUCGUCAGGUUGCGCGAUGCCGGAUUCACAGCAGCGAAAGCCGCUUCCGUCGAUCAAACUCUCAAACGGACCCGCCAACCCUCCGUUGCCGACUUCAGAGGCGCGCAGGCUGGAUCAAGCGGGUUUGAGCCACAGCAGAAGCGGGAUCGUCCAGAUUUUGCGACUUCGCCUACUGACGUCGUCGCGCCUCCCUUGCCAUUUAACACGCAGCAACUCAGUCUCGACGCCUUCAACGGCGAUCCUUCGUUCGCUGUAGUUCCGGAUAUCUUCAACGGAGUGAAUGCCGAUGGCUUUGGAGGAGGACUAGCCCCUGCCGAUUUCAACCAGUUCUUGGGCAUGGCAGCGCUCAAUUCUCCCCCGGUGCAGAUGCCUUAUCAGAGCUAUCGCGCUGGGUCUUAUCCAGCUGUCUCGCCGCUAGCGUCAAGAUCAGGCGCAUACGGUAUGCCGCUUUCAGGCGAGACACCUUACCAAGUGCAGCCAAGCGGCGACCAAUCAUCCUGGCCACCUGCAAACUUUGCACCUGGAGAGUUGGAUCUCAUGGCGGUCUGGCCGGGUCCAAUGGCAACGCCCGCCUACGCUGCUUACUCGCCUGACUACUUUAUGAACAUGGGCGUGUCUGGCAAUGACACGACACCUUCACCGGCUAGCAGCAGUCAUGUGGCUGGCUCGACAGCCAAACCUGCUGAAGUGGGCGUUAUGGUGUCUGACCAAGCAGUGACUCGCAUCGGCGCAGUCUCCGUGCAAGGCAGAGUGACGGACGAAGACGACGCCCCGGCUUCCCCAUCCUCUGCGACCACUUUCGCGCUGAAUGGCUCGCACGCCCAAGCCGGCAACGGUCCCAACAAUGAAGACAAUGACGAGGACGACGAAGAAGCUGAAGAGCAUGAGGCAGAUAUCCAAGACACAGACGACGCAGAUCCGUUCUCUGAUGUGCCUGAAGAUACGCCGGAGCUCGAACUCACCCACGCUCGAUUGCGCAACAUCGGCUCGCUCCGGCUGAAACGAUUUGCCUCGCUGACUAGGUUAUGCCUGCGACAGAACCUCAUACCCUCUCUCGUGAGCAAAGAUGGCGAGCCAGCACAGCCGUUGUCCGCUCUGCCAAAGCUCGAGGAUCUGGACUUGUACGACAAUCGCAUCGCGCGACUUGAAGGCUUGGACGGCCUCACUCACCUCACCUCGCUUGACCUAUCGUUCAAUUUGAUAAGAGAGAUACCGGAAGGAGUGUUCAAGGAUUGCAAGGCGCUGUCGACGGUCUACUUCAUCCAGAAUAAGAUCGGCAAGAUACAGCAUCUAGAGGAUCUCAAACCGACCCUUACCAGCCUAGAGCUCGGCGGCAACAGAUUGCGAAAACUCGAAGGACUAGAUCAGCUCACACAGCUUACCGAGCUCUGGCUGGGCAAGAACAAGAUACCGAAGCUAGAGAACCUAAGCACGCUCAGCCAUCUCAAAAUCUUGAGCAUACAGAGCAACCGCCUGACUCGCAUAGAAGGCUUGGAGAUGCUGCAGAGUCUCGAAGAGCUCUACAUCAGUCACAACGGCCUGACAACGCUGGCCGGUCUGGAGAAGAAUACGAGCUUGAAGACGUUGGAUGUAGCAGGCAACCGUUUGACUGACAUCGGCACGGUCAAGCUGUUGACUAAUCUCGAAGAGCUAUGGGCUAAUGACAACAAGCUUGCGGACUUUCAAGCACUCGAAGAAGUUCUAUCUGCGUCGGUUCAUCCUGCGCUCGAUACGGUCUAUUUCGAAGGGAAUCCAUUCCAACGGACGCUCGGUACGACCUACAGGCGCAAGCUCAUGCUCAUGCUUCCUCACCUGAAACAACUCGACGCUACUUUCACAUCUUGAGUUCUCUGUAAGCACAACAGGAUGCACGUUGAUACACUACAUGCGAAAAUGCUUGACGAUGGGCUCAGCUAGCUCACAUCCAUCUUGGCGCCAGAAUCGGACAGCUCGUGCAGACUUGCGCGCACGGCUUGGAUCUUAGACAGCAUGACACCGCAUGCUUCCUCCAGCAGAUCCUCGGGCUCAUACUGUCCCGUCGAUUCGACAUUAUCUGCUCUCAGAGCUUCAGCUUUGGCAAGGCAUAAGAGCGAGGAAUUGUACGGACAGAUGAAAUGGUCUCGUACGCGGCCGAGUGAGACGUAGCCUUCGAAUUCGGGGUGACGAAGAACUUCCCGG